AUGCAGAACCAUGCCGGUGAGUUCGUGGACCUGUAUGUGCCUCAGAAAUGCUCCACGAGCAACCGCAUCAUUGGUGCCAAGGAUCACGCAUCCAUCCAGAUGAAUGUGGCCGAGGUUGACAGGUGCACAGGCCGGUUUAAUGGCCUAUUUAAAACCUAUGCUAUCUGCGGGGCCGUUUGCAGGAUGGGCAAGUCAGACGAUUCUAUUCUCCAAUUGGCUAAGGCUGAUGGAAUUGUCUCAAAGAACUUCUGACCAGAAGAGAUGGGAGAAUAUUUGUUAUAAAUAAAAGUGAGACA